AAUUGGGUCCAGACUUGGGACCAGACCUGAGAUCAGAAUAGAAUUGAGAUCAGACUUGGGACCAGACCUGGGAUCUCAAUAGAACUGGGUCCAGACUUGGGGUCAGAAUAGAACUGGGAUCAGAAUAGAAUUGGGAUCAGCAUUGGGACCAGACUUAGGACCAGAUCAGAACUGGGAUUAGACUUGGGACCAGACCCGGGAUCAGAAUAGAACUGGGACCGGACUGGGAACCAGAAUUGGGAUCAGAUUGGAAUUGGGAUCAGAAUAGAAUUGGGAUCAGAUUUGGUACCAGACUUGGGAACAGGACUGGGAUCAGAUUGGAAUUGGGAUCAGAUCAGAACUGGGACCAGAUUUUUGACCAGACUGGAUCAGAAUAGAAUUGGGAUCAGAAUUGGGACCAGAACAGACUUGGGACCAAAACUAGGACCAGAUCAGAGCUGGGUCAGCCUUUGCCCUUCUCCCCUUUGCAAACCCGGAGCAGAAAUGGCCCAAGCGGAGUGUAUGGCUGGGACCUUUCCUUCUUAAGGCUGGGGCUGGAGGGUUGUUGUUGUUGGGUUUUUUUUUUUGGGGGGGGAGGUUGGUUCUCCCCCCACUUUCCUCCAGCCUCCCCCAGGUGAAAGCCCUCCUCCUCCUUUACACCAAGGAGGACCCUGUAGUAGUAGCUUGUGUGGAGCCCCAUUUGCAAGACUGACUCUUUGGGGAGGGGAUGGACAAGCAAAGACAUCCAUAGGGACACACACAGCCCUUCUUUUCUAUGGGACCCUCCAAGAAGAUGUUUUGGGGGGCUGCUGCUGCUGCUGCCCCAUUUCUGGAUCAGAGCUGACCAUGUGGGUGGAUCGCUGGAUCUCUUGAGGUGGAAAGGAUCCCCCAAGUGUGUGCUUCUUUUGGAGGGAUCUCCUUUGGGGGCCAUGGGUUGUGCCCCCAGCAUCCACAUCUCGGACAGCCGGGUGGUCUAUCGCAGCAACAAGGACGCCGCCUCAGGAGUGGAGGAUUCGAACUCCUCGCAGCCCCCGGGAUUAUGCCUCAAGGCCUCCGCGUCCUCCUCCUCCUCCACCUCCGCCUCCAAGGCCAGGAGGACUCUGCCGGCCAAGAAGGCAGCAGCAGCAGGAGGAGGAGGAGGAGGGCCCCGGGACAAGAUGGAGGGAGAGCCUCGCACCAACAGGGCCAAGGCAGUAGGAACAGAUGUACAGUUUGGCCCUAUGAGACUCCACCAAGAUCAACUUCAGGUACUUUUAGUCUUUGCCAAAGAAGACAACCAGAGCAAUGGAUUCUGCUGGGCAUGUGAGAAAGCAGGAUUCCGGUGUAACAUUGCCAAGACACCCGAAUCUGCUCUUGAGUGUUUUCUGGAAAAACAUCACGAAAUCAUUAUUAUUGAUCACCGACAUUCAAAAUACUUUGAUGCAGAAGCACUGUGCAGGUCCAUUAGAACAACAAAGCCGUCAGAAAACACUGUUAUUAUCGGUGUCGUAAGGAGACAUGCAGAACGUGAAGAAUCCUCAGUAUUACCCUUCCUUUCUGCUGGUUUCACAAGAAGAUAUGUAGAAAAUCCCAAUAUCAUGGCCUGUUACAAUGAACUCAUUCAGCUGGAAUUUGGAGAAGUGCGGACACAAUUUAAACUAAGGGCUUGUAAUUCAAUAUUUACAGCACUGGAGAAAAGUCAGGAGGCCAUUGAGAUUACAAGUGAAGACCAUGUAAUACAGUAUGUAAAUUCUGCAUUUGAAACAAUGAUGGGCUAUCAAAAAGGAGAAUUAAUAGGAAAGGAACUAACAGAAGUGCCUACAAAUGAAAAAAAAGCUGAUUUCCUUGAUACUAUUAAUUCUUGCAUCAAAAUAGAAAAGGAAUGGCAAGGAACAUACUACACCAAAAAGAAAAAUGGAGAGAGCAUACAACAAAAUGUGAAGAUAAUACCUGUGAUUGGACAGGGAGGAAAAAUUAGACACUAUGUGUCACUUAGUAGACCAUGCAAUGACAACAAGGUUGAAAGAGUCUGUGAACGUGUUCAAGCAGAGUCCCAGACAGAUAUCCAGAGUUGCAAGCAUAAAGACCGAAGGAAAGGGUCCUUGGAUGUCCGAUCAACCACUUCUCGUGGCAGUGAUGGCAGUUCACAAAGAAGGCACUCAUCUAUGGCCAGAAUACAUUCCAUGACAAUUGAAGCACCUAUUACCAAGGUAAUAAAUAUUAUCAAUGCUGCACAAGAAAGUAGUCCCAUGCCUGUCGCUGAAGCUUUAGAUCGAGUCCUUGAGAUUCUGAGGACUACCGAGUUGUAUUCUCCCCAGCUUGGGACAAAAGAUGAAGACCCACAUACAAGUGACCUUGUUGGAGGUUUGAUGACGGAUGGCCUACGAAGAUUAUCAGGGAAUGAAUAUAUAUUAUCAGCAAAGCAAACUCAUCAGGUUCCGGGCAGUUUAAUCUCACCAAUCUCCCUUAAUGACAUACCACCAAGGAUAGCACAAGCAAUGGAGAAUGAAGAACACUGGGACUUUAACAUUUUUGAUUUGGAAGCAGCGACCCAUAAAAGGCCUUUAGUUUACCUCGGUCUCAAAAUGUUUGCUCGUUUCCGGCUCUGCGAAUUCCUCAAUUGCUCAGAGUCAACUCUGCGGUCAUGGCUGCAAAUCAUUGAGGCUAAUUAUCACUCAUCCAAUUCAUAUCAUAACUCGACCCACUCUGCUGACGUCUUACACGCCACCGCCUAUUUCCUUUCUAAAGAAAGGGUAAAACAAACUCUGGAUCCCAUUGAUGAAGUUGCUGCAUUGAUAGCUGCCACUGUUCAUGAUGUGGAUCAUCCAGGUCGAACAAAUUCAUUUCUGUGCAAUGCAGGAAGCGAACUUGCCAUUUUAUAUAAUGACACUGCUGUGUUGGAAAGUCAUCAUGCAGCUUUGGCCUUCCAGAUCACCAUACGAGAUGAUAAGUGCAAUAUUUUUAAAAACAUGGAGCGAAAUGAAUAUCGAACCCUCCGACAAGCCAUUAUUGACAUGGUCCUGGCCACAGAAAUGACCAAGCACUUUGAGCAUGUCAACAAGUUUGUCAACAGCAUCAACAAACCGUUGGCUGCCCUCGAAGAGAAUGGGGGUGCAAAUGGAGAUAGUGAUUCCCUCAAAAAUGUCCUCACAUCUCCUGAAAAUCGAAUCCUGAUCAAGCGGAUGCUAAUUAAGUGCGCUGAUGUCUCCAACCCGUGUCGGCCUCUGGAACAGUGCAUUGAGUGGGCAGGUCGCAUCUCUGAGGAAUAUUUUGCACAGACAGAUGAAGAGAAAAGGCAAGGCUUGCCAGUUGUGAUGCCAGUUUUUGACAGAAAUACUUGUAGUAUCCCCAAGUCACAAAUAUCGUUCAUUGAUUAUUUCAUCACUGACAUGUUUGACGCUUGGGAUGCAUUUGCAGACCUGCCAAAUCUGAUGCAACACCUGGACAACAACUUCAAAUAUUGGAAAGGUCUGGAUGACAGGAAAUUACGGACACUCCGGCUGCCAACCGAAUAGCGAUUGGACCUCUUGGUUUCCAGAUCAUCCCAUCUGGGAACACAUUCCUGCAAGCUUGCAUUUGAAUUGUGCAUUUUCAGGUUUCUUUUGGUCUUUUCAGCAUUAUUAUCACGCCUUCCUGUGAACAGUCUUGGGGAAGUCUUGAACAGUCAGGAGAGCCUUGAGGUCCGGAAUGAUGAACCCUUGGCUACCUGUCACAGAAGACAAGUGAUCUCUAGUAAGCCUUUCAAGCUGAGUUAACACUGGAUUGCUGCAUUGCCUGUACUGAAGAAGGUUUAAAGGUGAACCUUAUCAAAGAUGUUGUCUUUGAUUUCUGCAUGAUCUUCAUGCCAGAAUAUGAAGGUUGAAGAUAGCCUUAAAAGAAAAGAUUUUAGCACACUGAUCAUCCAAUCUGCCAGCGGAGGUGAAAAUCCUGAAGAGCAGUGAUGACUUGUGUGGAUUAUGAGGAUGCUUUUUAAUAAGCACUUUAAAAAAAAGAACAGUUACAUUGAACAAUUAAACAUUUGACUUGCAAACCCUUUAUGAAGGAGGACUUUUUUGAUCUUCUGAAAAAUGGACAUAGCUCUAUUUUUUCACAUCACAGAAGGUGCAAUCAUUCACUUUUGAGCACUACUGAGAGCAAGUUCUCUUUAAAAUAAAUUUAGUAGCAAAUGGAAAACAAAACAAAACCAACCUACAGAUUUUUUGAAGUUGAUCGUUAGGCAUCUGUGAUUAAAAUUUGUUUUAUUUAUUUUGUAAGAUGUUCAAUAUUUUCUAUGAAUUUAUAAUGACUUUAAAAGCCAAAGCCAACUGUAGAUGCAUUACAGAUUUACAUGAUUCAUACUCAUUAUGCAUUUUAUUUUCAUGAUGCAAAAUGCCAUACAAUGAGGACACAUUUUUAUUGCACUGUAAGGAUAGAUGUGUAUGUUGAAAUAUUGUUCAAUUUUAUGUUAAUUAAAAUAAGUUUUUAUCAAAAGUCUCAAUGGAGCACUGGGAAGAGGAACGAAAUGGACGUGUUGUUCCAACACCAGAGCUGGCCUGUGGUCCAAAGCAGAGGGCUGCUGUUGCAGAGCCAGCAAAGUGCCCAGCCCUGGUGCCACUGUGGUUAAAAUGCCUGUCCUGCAGCCACUCACUCAAAACCAUAAGGUUGUAUGUUCAAUACUUGCCAGGGCUCAAGCUCAAUUCAGGCUUGCAUCCUUCUGAGGUCGCUAAAAUGAGUGCCCAGCUUGUUGGGGGCAAUUAGCUUGGAGUUGUAAGCUGUUCAGUAUGAAGCAGUAUAUAAAUGAAGCUGCUAUUGCUAUUGCCCAAUAUGUAUUGGUGUCCAAUACACAACAAAACUGUUGAGCAUUAGUCCCGAUGUGCAUCGGUCCUGAUCAGCAAAGGGGUUUCUUGGCACCUCUGCUACAUAGGUAUAUGUAAAUCUACAUAAUAUAAGUCAUAUAGGAUUCCAAUGAGUGGUACUAACUAUUGUCAUAUUUAAAAGCAUCUAUUGAACUAUACUGAUUUUAAUGAAGUGUAUAAUGGAUUUCUGAAUUGGUAGCAGAAGCUUCUUAUGACAAUUGACACACAUACACCUACCUCCUACUCAGACAUAAAUCUCCCCUAAUUCAGUAAAAUAUCUGCAUAGGGUAGGACCAUAUCAUACUCAAAUAUCUGAGGGCGGAGGCAAGUGCUCUAAUACAGAUUCACAAGUGAUUUUAACACUCACAUUUUCUGUAAAGGAUACGAGGAUUGUAGUCUUCUGAAAGAAACUGGGAGGACUCUUGUCAUCCUUGCAAUGCUCAAAGCGGGAUCCCAAGCUACAAAUGAGGCUUAGAAACAGGUGAGCACCGGAAGAGGAAUUAUGAAAACCAGGGAGAUGUAAAUAAUUUUUACAAGAAAUAAGUGGAGUUAGUUCACAGAGAACUGGAACCAUCUGAUUCAUUUACAGUACAAUCCAAUAGCUCCAUGUUUGCUCAGAAAUAAGUCCUGGUUAGUUUGUUGACAUUUGCAUUCUAGUAAGAUCCUACUUUAAGCAGGUCUCUUCUGUGUUUCUCUCCCAGCCCAGCCAUAGAAGGGUCCACUUCUGCUGCUACUUAUUGAUAAGGAAGGAAGGGAGCAAUUGAGAUUAUGAAGUAGCAGGUGGUUUCAGCUCAGAGGGAGAAGAAAAUGAGGGUAUGCUCACAGAUGGAGUAGGCCUUCCUUUUUCUUCCCUUGGGAGCCCAUCCCAGGUGCAAAUUCACCACUUUGGUUGCCCUCCUCUGGACACGCUCCAGCUUCUCAACGUCCUUUUUUAAUUGUGUUGCCCAGAACUGGACACAGUAUUCCAGGUGAGGCCUGACCAUAGUG